AUGGUGAAAAGUUACCCGGAAGUGAAGGAAGAUUACAAGAAAGCUGUUGAGAGAUGCAAGAGGAAGCUCCGUGGUCUUAUCGCCGAGAAGCAUUGUGCUCCCAUCGUCCUACGGCUUGCAUGGCACUCGGCUGGGACAUUUGACGUGAAGACGAAGACAGGAGGACCGUUCGGGACGAUAAGGCAUCCACAAGAGCUAGCACAUGAUGCUAACAAUGGUCUUGAUAUCGCUGUCAGGCUUCUUGAGCCCAUCAAAGAUCUGUUCCCCAUCUUGUCCUACGCUGAUUUCUACCAGCUAGCUGGAGUUGUUGCUGUUGAGAUCACUGGAGGACCCGAGAUUCCAUUUCAUCCUGGAAGACUGGACAAAGUUGAGCCGCCUCCUGAAGGUCGUCUACCUCAGGCCACCAAAGGUAAAACAGUUGGACCAUGGACACAAAACCCUCUCAUUUUCGACAACUCGUAUUUCAAAGAGAUACUAAGCGGAGAGAAAGGACUUCUUCAGCUGCCAACGGACAAGGCUCUUCUCCAGGAUCCUCUCUUUCGUCCUCUCGUUGAGAGAUAUGCUGCAGACGAGGAUGCCUUCUUCGAAGACUAUACUGAAGCUCAUCUCAAGUUGUCAGAACUCGGGUAA